UAACGUCCUGACUUCAGUCUGUUACUGGAGUUUUGAUGGUUGUUUAAACAAUGUAGAGAUUACCCGAAACUACACACUUACCUUUUGUAGACUCGCCACACCUUGGAAAGGGUCAAAGGUUAAUUUUUUUUUUUUUACUUCAGUGCCUCCAAAUGUAAAUAUGGAGGUCCAGCCCCUCCCUCAUCCCUCCUAUAAAACACCAGUAUCCUGGAGUCUGGAUCGGUUGCUGACAGACUUCCUGCCUCCGUCUGAUCUUUUCCUUCUCACUGACUGCAGUCAUGACCUUUGUCGCUCCUCCGGGGUAUCAACCCGUCUACAGCCCUACAAUUCCUUACCUGGGGCCCAUUUAUGGAGGACUGAGAGAAGGCUCGUCCAUUUACCUCCAGGGUUCAGUUCCUGAUAGCAUCACCAGGUUCGCUGUCAACCUGCUCUGUGGUCAGUACGAGUCCAGCGACAUCGCCCUCCACUUUAACCCCCGUUUCGACGGCCGGGACAGAGUGGUCUUCAACACCUGCCAGAAUGGAGCCUGGGGCUCCGAGGACAAGGUCCGCAGUAUGCCCUUCCGCAAGGGCAAGGGCUUUGAAAUGGUCAUCAUGGUCACUUCACAAGGUUACAAGAUCACGGUCAAUGGAAAAGACUUCCACACCUUUGAGCACCGGCUCCCCCUGCAGAGAGUGUGUGGCCUGCAGAUCGUAGGAGACGUUCACAUCCAGACCAUCAACAUCAUUGGGGGUGGAACAGGUGGAGGCAUGGGUGGAUACCCUGGUGAUGGCAUGGGGGGUGGAUACCCAGCAGGCCCAGGUGAUGGAAUGGGAGGGUGUUACCCAGGAGGUGACAUGGGGGGUGGAUGUCCAGGAGGUGACUUUGGGGGUGGAUACCCAGGGGGCAACAUGGGGGGAGGAUACCCAGGCUCACAGCUACCUGGCAUGGGAUCACAGCCAGUCUACAACCCCUCUCUUCCCUACAGUGACAUGAUCCCAGGAGGGAUGUCUUCGAAGAGGACACUCAUCAUCAGGGGCAUGGUUCCUUAUGGGGCAAAAAAAAUCUCCAUCAACUUCUUGGCCAGCCGAUCUGGAGACGUCGUUUUCCACAUGAACCCUCGAGUGCAGGAAGGGGUCGUGGUGAGGAACAGCCGGAUUGGAGGAAACUGGGGGACAGAGGAGCGAGAGAUGAACUUCAACCCCUUCACUGAGGGACAGUACUUUGAUAUAUCCGUCCGCUGUGGGAACCAGAGGUUUAAGGUGUUUGUGAACGGCCAGCACAUGUUCGACUUCUCCCACCGCUAUCGGUCCUUCAACGAGAUCGACAAGCUGGAGGUGAACGGCGACGUUCAGAUCUCCUACAUCCACAUCUGAUGUUCUGAUGUUCAGCUGCCGUGUUGAUUCAGCAGCAUGAAAAAUAAUAAAUCGUUACCUCAUCGACCAGAGUCACAUCAGUUCAACUGAAUGAAAUAAAAAUGUCAGUGAAACAACAGGUUUGAGGGAGACGGACAGUCACAAGGUCAAUCGUGAAUAAACGCAUUUAUUUCUUAUACAAAAUACUGUAAGACGUGUAUAAAAAAAUCAUCAGUUUACAAACACCAUAACAGUCACAACAUAUAAAGGCAGUUAUCGUACAGUUUUCUCUCAUUUCAUUACGCCAGGAGAAAAACGGGUCGCACAUACGUUUGAAACACAAAUACUGGCUCUGUGAAGGCACUUGUUGAAAAGUAAUGCAGAUUUU